GCUGACAUUCGGACUUCGGAGACCCGAGUUGCGAAGCUCCCGGUGUGUCAAAAGGCCAAGAUGCUAGCGCCACACGCCAGGAAGCGAGAGGGGUCCUCUACCGUUGCGUCUGAGAAGUUUGGGGGCCAUGUGACAGUCGAUCAUAUCAUCAAUAGGGAUCUCCGUGACGUUGGUGUUGAGGGAGAGAAGGUUGCGUUGGUUGCGAAGGAUGUGUGCACGAACUUUCGAAAUGUGUACCCGUCGAGCACGAAGGAAGCUGAGCAGGUGUACCAUCGUCUACUUCAUUUCUUCCGUGUCGGGGAUGAGGCCAAAACUGCUAUGGAUAAAGAAUGGCAGAAGCUCUUUGACAAAUCUUGCUGGUUGCAUGAAAAGGUUCGUGAAUACCGAGACGUGGCAGCUGAGGCCGCGAAGGUGAUCGAUGUUUUCGGUAGCCAGCCAGGGUAUGCAAAACAGCAGGCUGAUGCGAGACAGGCCUACACGCAAGCUCUCUUCAAAGCCGUGGAAACCGCUGGCCUAAAGAAUGGCGUCGUUACCAGGUCGGCACAUCCUUUUGCAUACGUGUUUGACAAGAAGACAGCUGCUCCAGCCCGGGGUAACCCGAGGAAGAGGUUGUACAUACCGACUAAUCGUGAUGCUGAGAAAUUCGCCGAUCUCUCAAACGUGAGGUUUACCGAUGUAGAUGAAGGAAUUGUGGACUGGCCGGUCUAUCUUCCCUCUCCCAGGUCGAAGGCCGGGGCCAAGAAGGAAGCGAAAGAGCAAAGGUUCACAGGUACCGAUACCAUCUGUACGGAAUCGGUGCCCUCCAUGGACAAACCCGUCAACGUUAUGAUCUAUGAUGUGAAAGAUUUCUUGAUCUCUUGCGUAGACAGGCGAAGAACCUACCGGCGCCAAUCCAUCGCGAGCAAGGUGUUGAUGAAGAUCCAGUUCGCAGCACGCGUGGCCCGAUGGGACCUUCUGCGAGUUGAGGUUGACCCAGCCAACCACAAGGUUAGGUACGGCGGUUUCGCAGGUGGCAGGUCGGUCGCAAACCUCCAAGGUCUGAAUGUAGGACUUAGCGAUAAGUUUCAAGUUCAGUUUUUGGAAGACAACCAAGCCACCAUCACUAUCGUUAGCAAAGGCGACAGUGAGAAAAUGCGGCAUACUGAUCGUACCCAAAACAUAAGCUUUGGCUGGCUUCGUCAACAACUCGAGGUAAAGCACUUUUAA